AUGGAGGCGGCGGCGAAGCCCGGGCCGAGCCAAGUGGCCGACGUGGUGUUUGUGAUCGAGGGAACCGCGAACCUGGGACCGUACUUCGAGUCUCUCAUGAAGAACUACAUCCUGCCGGCGAUAGAGUAUUUUAACGGUGGACCUCCUGCAGAGACAGACUUUGGGGGAGACUAUGGGGGUACACAGUAUGGCCUGGUGGUCUUCAACACAGUGGACUGUGCUCCAGAGUCGUACGUCCAGUGUCACGCUCCCACCAGCUCAGCCUUCGAGUUCGUCUCCUGGAUCAACAGCAUCCAGUUCAUGGGUGGAGGAGCAGAGAGCUGCAGUCUGAUCGCUGAAGGUCUGUCUGUGGCUCUGCAGCUCUUUGACGACUUUAAGAAGAUGAGGGAACAGAUUGGCCAGACUCACAAAGUGUGUGUGCUGUUGUGUAACUCUCCUCCGUACCUGCUCCCAGCCGUGGAGAGCGUCAGUUACACCGGACACACCGCAGACACCCUCGUCAAGAUCAUCAGAGACAAGGGGAUUCAUUUCUCGGUGGUGGCUCCUCGGAAGCUGCCGGCUCUCAGGGCGCUGUUCGACCGUGCGUCUCCAGGAGGGGGCGCUGUGGAGCCGCUGCAGGACUUCAGCCAGGAGGCCUUCCACAUGGUGCUGGUCCGAGGAAUCUCACUACCAGUGUCGUCUGUGGGAGGAUCAGGGGGUCACAAGCCGGUCCUACCCCCUCAGCCGCUGCCCGUCGUCCAACCUUUAGGGUCAGCUCCACAGCCUGCUUCACACAUGGUCUCCAACCACCCCUACCAGAAUGCUUUGCAGGUGGCGCAGAAGGUGGUGGAGGUGGCAACGAGCCAGCAGCAGAAACCUCGCUUCCUAAACCAGGGACCUCCGUUUGGGAACCAGCACAACAUGCCGGGUCUGAGCCAGCCCAGCAUCGCCACGGUAACCACAGGCCCCUCCCCCAUGAUGUCACAAUCCCAGGUCCCGCCCAACCAGACGCAGAUCCCACCCCCUGGUCAGCCUGUGGUCAACCAGCAAGCACCGCAACCACACCAGCAGCCGAACCAGGCCGCCACCGCCACGGGGCAGCCCAAUAUGCCUGGGGUGUCUGGAGCUCAGGUCAGUGCUAACGCUCUGGGGCAGUCGCAGGGACCUAACAAGGUGGUGGCCUGGACCGGAGUGCUGGAGUGGCAGGAGAAACCUAAAGCCUCCACGAUGGACCAGAACACCAAACUGACCCGGUCUCUGCCCUGUCAGGUCCACGUGAACCAGGGAGAAAACCUGAACACAGAACAAUGGCCCCAGAAACUCAUCAUGCAACUGAUCCCACAGGCUUUACUGACGACUCUGGGCCCUCUGUUCCGGAACUCUCGCAUGGUUCAGUUCCUCUUCACCAACAAAGACGUGGAGUCUCUCAAAGGCCUUUACCGCAUCAUGGCCAACGGCUUCACAAAUCUGUUCUUCAUGUGA